AUGAAGUUUGUAGCUUUGAUAUCCGGUGGUAAAGAUUCUUUCUUCAACAUACACCAUAGUAUAUCAAGGGGACAUGAAUUGAUAGCAUUGGGGAACUUGUAUCCCAAGCAAGCCGGUAUCGAUGAGCUUGACUCGUUUAUGUUCCAGACGGUGGGACACGAUAUAAUAGAAUACUAUGGUGAGUGUUUGGACGUUCCGCUCUACAGACAAGAAAUCAAUGGGUCUUCUAAAAAUCAGCGAUUAGAGUACUCGAUUACAGAGGAGGAUGAAAUAGAAGAUUUGUACUUAUUGCUUAAGACGGUGAAGGAGAAACAUCCAGAUGUAGAAGGGGUUAGUUGUGGAGCAAUUUUAUCGCAUUAUCAGCGAACAAGGGUUGAAAAUGUAUGUGGUAGGUUGGGUUUGACAUGUCUUGCGUAUUUGUGGCAGCGAAAUCAGCUUGAAUUGAUGGGGGAAAUGUGCAACAAUCAGUUAGAUGCCAGGAUCAUCAAGGUUGCAGCAAUUGGGUUGAAUUCCACACAUUUGGGAAAAUCGAUACAACAGUUGUAUCCCUAUUUAAUCAAGUUGAAUCAGAUGUAUGAGGUUCAUAUUUGCGGUGAAGGGGGAGAAUUCGAAACUAUAGUGCUUGAUGCUCCAUUUUUCAAGCAUAAGAAAUUGGAAAUUAUUGAGCAGGAAGUUGUCGAUCAUUCUAAUGAUGAUGUCUCAUACCUAAGACUUAAAGUCGAGAUACGUGAUAAAGGAGACGCUCCUUCGAAUAUUACUUUAGCUCAACCGCACUUGUUAAGUGAACCGUUCUCAACUAUUUUGGAAGAACUUGUGGAAGAAAUUAAAGAUGACGAACAAAGCAAUGAAUGUACGCUACCAGAUACGGACAGUCAACCAGAUGUUUAUGUUGUCUCAACAAAGGAUAAGUUGUAUAUUUCUAACUUAACAAGCACAAAAUCGACUUUGAAGGAACAAACAAUCGAUAUCUUUACAAAGUUGAACGAUAUUUUGGUUAUCCAUAAUUCCUCGUUCAAUGAUAUCCAGCAUGUAACUUUGCUUCUCUCGAAUAUUAAUCAAUUCAAUGAUGUAAAUAAGGUAUACGAAGAACAAUUCAGUAAAUUUUACCUACCACCUUCCCGCAUAUGUAUUGAAACUACUUUAAGCAAGACAUCAUUAGUUCAGCUUUCAUGCACAGUCAUACAUUCAAAAGUCAAACAAGGUAUUCAUAUUAGGUCCAGAUCGUAUUGGGCCCCACAAAACAUUGGUCCUUAUUCGCAGGCUAUAGUUGAAGAAAAAUUACAAUAUAAAAUAGGUACACUUUCUGGUCAAAUACCUUUAGUACCUUCAUCUAUGGAGUUAUUCAAAGAGUCAAAAUUAAGCGACAGGAUUUAUAGCUCUGUCUUAUCAUUGCAGCAUUUGCAUCGUGUUAAAGAGUUGAUCGGCGUUCCUGAGAUUGGAACCAUAGUUUGUUUCAUUGUUGAUUCAAUAAACUUGGAUAUUGUCAGUGAGACAUGGCAAAAAUAUAUUACUGAACUCGCCUCCAGUGACGAUAUAAAGAAUUUAAUCAUUGUUCAAGUCACAAAAUUACCUAAAAGUGCAUGUAUUGAAUGGGGUGGAUGUAGUUUCAAGAAUACUAUUGGGAUGUAUGAAGACGAAGAAGAAACGAAACCGCAAGCAUCAGAAAUCACCAACAUGGUUGAUUUAUUCGAAUCAUCAAAUGUGGUCAAUAUUAAUAAUGGAAGCAUACAGCUCAUUACUUUGUUCACCAAUGAUUCUAAUCUAGUUCGUAAUCUAGUUGAGGUCAACAAAAAUCUGUCUAAUCGUUUACAAAUAUUUACUAAACUUGCGAACGUAAGUAACCUUGGAAGUAACUAUGAAAUACUACCAGUUUUACAGAGUUGGACAUACGAUAAGCAGCCUUUCUCUUUUACAAUCAUUUGGACAGUGGAAUAUUAA